AGUAGAGCGUUCUCUGCCACUUUUUCAGCUAUCACCAUGGCUCCUUGCUUCAUCCUGAAGAGGAUCCUAGUGGUCCUAUUUACAGGUCUCACAGUGUCAGGCUCUCCAGUGAGAGGAGUGGUGGGUCAGAACGUCACUUUGCCCUGUAAAUACCGAGUUAAUCACCAAAAUGACAUCACAACAAUGUGCUGGGGCCGGGGCAGCUGUCCUUCUUCUCAGUGUUCUCAGACAAUUCUCUGGACAGAUGGACGGAGGGUGACAGAGCGUCAGUCCAGCAGAUACCGGUUAGAAGGGAAUCUCACUCAGGGGGAUGUGUCCCUCACCAUCAUGAAUGUGGCAGAAGCAGACGGAGGGAUGUACUGCUGCCGUGUGGAGAUCCGUGGUUGGUUCAAUGAUCAGAAGAACAAUCUGGAAGUUGUGAUUGAGAAAGAAGAGGAAGUGAAAAUUGGCGCAGUUGCAACAGAGGAGGCACCCGAUCCUGGAAUCCCCUUAAUUUAUACAGGAGGAGGCUCCAUUUUCAUUAGUUGUAGAUCUUUGGGCUUGAGAUUAUUGCUGCACAUGCCACCCAGGUAUCCUCUUCUGUCACACCAAGAUGGCUAUCGAUUUCCAGUCCAGAAGCCCCCUGGGCUUUGAAUGUGUCUACAUCAGUCCAUCCGCUGGAGGCUGGAUCCAGGGGGACAGGGAUGUAUAUUAAAAUUGGCGUCAUUCUGUCACUUCUAGUCCUCCUAAUUUUGUCCCUGUUAAUCUUCGCAUG